UUAAUGUAAAGUGGAUAUAAAUGACAUCCAUCCAAGCAAACCUGAGAGCCACCGUCAAUGGAGUUUGCGACUACUCUGCUUGGUCUGUUCUUAUCAUAUGUACUUAUCCGAACCACGUUCGCAUUUCUUGGCGUCGGCAGACCCAAGAACCUACCACCAGGUCCAACCCCGUUUCCGAUCAUCGGAAACCUCCACUUGCUCGGCGACCACCCAAAUCAAUCCCUAGCCAAGCUAGCCAAAAUCCAUGGCCCCAUCAUGUUCUUAAAACUUGGUCGUAUCAACACACUUGUCAUCUCCUCCGCCGCUGCCGCCAAAGAAGUCCUCCAAAAACAAGAUCUUGCUUUCUCCACUCGCCACAUCCCCGAUGCCCUCCAUGCCCAUGACCACUCUAUAAACUCCAGCGCCUGGAUGCCAGUCGGCGCCCAGUGGCGGACCCUCCGCCGGAUCCUCAACAACAACAUCGUCUCCGGCGACGCCCUUAAUGCCAACCAGCACUUGCGGAACCAGAAAGUGCAACAGCUUAUAGCGUACUGUCGGAAAGCUAGCCAGUGUAAUGAGUCGGUGGAUAUCGGGCGAGCUGCUUUCAGAACCAGUCUGAAUCUGCUGUCGAAUACUGUUUUCUCCAAGGAUUUAAUAGACCCAUUUGAGGAUUCUGGUAAAGAAUUUAAGGAGGUGUUUGGGAACAUCAUGAUAGAGGCUGCGAAGCCGAAUCUGGUGGACUUCUUCCCGGUGUUUAAGAAAAUGGAUCCACAAGGGAUCAGGAGGAGGAUGAGUGGUCAUUUUGGGAAGGUUUUUGAGAUGAUUGAGGAGAUGAUGAAAGAGAGAUUGGUGAUGAAGAGAUGGAAGCAAGAAGAUGAUGUGUUGGACAGAUGCUUAAAAAUCUGUCAAGAGAUGCCGGAUGAAGUCAGUCGGAGACACAUCAUGAGCCUAUUUUUGGUAA